UUGAGGGCAAAGAGGGUAGGAAGCCGUCAUGGCGCUCUGGUCAAUAAAAUCGAUAGCUGGAAGCUGCCUGUGUUCCAGGCCGAGGCGGUGCAGUAGCAGCGCCGCCAUUUUCGCCGAAGGCAUCUUCCGGUGCCUUUCCCCCACGUUCGGGCAGGAGUUUCCUGAAUAACAGCGAGAGGUUUCCGUUAGCCCCGCAGGCGGCUGAUUGCGAUCCCCUCCUGGCCUGCCCUAGGACGUCAGUCCCGGGACCCCGAGGGCUCCCAAAUCCCGGGGUCCGCUAGGGGCCGAGCCGGGAACGGGAGGUCGUGGCGCCGGCUUCUCUGGCCCAAUGGCACCGCCGUCCGCUCCACGCUCCGCGCGGGGACCCGGAGAGGCCGGACCCGGCCGGAGAAGGGGAAGGAAGCCCAGGGCGGUGAAGUUCGCGGACGUGGCCGUGUACUUCUCCCCGGAGGAAUGGGGGUGUCUGCGGCCCGCGCAGAGGGCCCUGUACCGGGACGUGAUGCGGGAGAACUACGGCCACCUGGGCGCGCUCGGGUGCGCGGGUCCCAAACCAGCCCUCAUCUCCUGGUUGGAACGAAAUACCGAAGACUGGGAACCAGCUGCCCUGGACCCACAGGAGUGCCCCAGGGGACUAAUGGUCCAAAGAAAAACCAGAACCAGAAAGAAGAACGGAGAAGAGGAAGUAUUCCCACCUAAGGAGGCACCCCGGAAGGGGAAGAGAGGACGGAAGCCCAGCAAGCCCCGACUGAUUCCCAGACAGACAUCUGGGGGUCCCAUCUGCCCUGACUGUGGUUGUACCUUCCCUGAUCACCCGGCUCUCAAAAGCCACAAGUGUGCCCAGAAUCUGAAGAAGCCUUACCCUUGCCCCGACUGUGGGCGCCGCUUUUCCUACCCUUCUCUGUUGGUCAGCCACCGGCGGGCGCACUCUGGUGAAUGUCCCUAUGUUUGUGACCAAUGUGGCAAACGUUUCUCCCAGCGCAAGAACCUCUCCCAGCACCAGGUCAUCCACACGGGCGAGAAGCCCUACCACUGCCCUGACUGCGGCCGCUGCUUCCGGAGGAGCCGGUCCCUGGCCAAUCACCGGACCACACAUACAGGGGAAAAACCCCACCAGUGCCCUAGCUGUGCGCGGCGCUUUGCCUACCCGUCCCUGCUCGCCAUCCACCAGCGCACGCACACGGGAGAGAAGCCCUACACCUGCCUGGAAUGCAACCGCCGCUUCCGCCAGCGCACCGCCCUGGUCAUCCACCAGCGCAUCCACACCGGCGAGAAGCCCUACCCGUGCCCAGACUGCGAGCGGCGCUUCUCCUCAUCCUCCCGCCUGGUGAGCCACCGGCGGGUGCACUCCGGCGAGCGUCCCUAUGCCUGUGAGCACUGCGAGGCCCGCUUCUCCCAGCGCAGUACGCUGCUCCAGCACCAGCUCCUGCACACGGGAGAGAAGCCCUACCCCUGCCCAGACUGCGGCCGCGCCUUCCGCCGGAGCGGCUCCCUCGCCAUACAUCGCAGCACGCACACCGAGGAGAAGCUGCACGCCUGUGAUGACUGCGGCCGCCGCUUCGCCUACCCCUCCCUGCUGGCCAGUCACAGGCGCGUCCACUCAGGCGAGCGGCCCUAUGCCUGCGACCUGUGCUCCAAGCGCUUUGCCCAGUGGAGCCACCUGGCGCAGCACCAGCUCCUGCACACCGGGGAGAAGCCUUUCCCCUGCCUUGAGUGUGGCCGCUGCUUUCGCCAGAGGUGGUCGCUGGCCGUGCACAAGUGCAGCCCCCGAGUCCAAAACUGCAGCCCUAGAUCUGCUAUAGAGGGAACCGGUCAAAAGGGCAGUACCCUUUAGAAUGGGAAGGACUGUCUUAAGUUCAUUUCAUUUCAUUGAGAGGCCAGAGAAGGGAAGGAGAAGCCCUAGGUCAUACAGGCAGGUUCAGAAGGAAAACCCAGGUCUCCUGCCACAGACCUGAACUUGAGUACAUUCUACCACCCUGGCUGCCUUACUCUGUCGAGAACAGAUGGUCCCAUUAGGAGAGGUCACAUCAUUUGGUUCAAGUUUAACAAGCUCUCCAAUCCUAAAAGAAAUUGUGUGUGUGACCAUCAGGGUAAAAUUCCUCCCCUUAUACUUCAGGGGCUGGCUGCCUUUCUAAUUUGCAUAUAGGGGUCUCCCCUUACAUGCGGUCAGGAGGAUCUUCCCCACCUCUGCCUCUUCCUCCUUACGUGUGGCCCCCUUUUUACAACACUCCUGCCAAGUGGUGUUCUACUCCUGCUUUAAACCUCCCUUGACAGGGAGGUCACUACCUCACAAGGCAGGUCAUUUCUUUGUGGGAUAGCUGUGAUCUUUAGAGGGUGGUUAAGUGCCGGACUCUCCUUCCCUGUAUGCCUUGCCCAGAACAUGUUUAAUAUUUCCUCUACGUGGCAGCCGUUCAGGUUAACAGCAUUUGGUCAAUCAUUCCUAAAAGAUAGGGUUUCAGUUCCCACACAUGGUCUGCAAACAUGAUCUUCAGUGUUCCUUUUAAAGGGUCAUACAAAAAUAAGCCAGCACCACAGUGUAUACCUCCUUGGUCUGGACUUGUUUUAACUGCUCUAGAUUGCAUUGGAUUUGGGAGGAGUGGCAGCCUGUACCUGGGGUUUACUGGGUUGGAGACACCCCAAAACCUAAGGUUCUUUUUUUAAACCACAUGCUGUGAAGCUAAGUCUUCUGCACUCUGGACAGUUGGUUCAAGUUGGGUCUGGGACAUAAGUUCAGCGAGCGGUGGGACAAGGUUGAUCUUAAGGAAAAGCAGGGGGAGGCGUAUGGGUUAGUAGCAAGAGGUGAAAGCCGGACCGGCUUGUACUUGAUCUGGUGGGUUUGGAUUGGUUCCAUCAGCCAGUGGUUAGAAGAGCCUAGAUUUCACUUCAACACAGAACCUUCCAUGAGUCCUCAGUCAACAUUUUUUUCAUAAAACGAGGUGAGGCCAUUCAAGGAGGGUAGAAAGUUAGGUGAUUGCAUACAAAACAGAAAGAGUAUAUAGUCAUCAAGUUGUGUUCAUGCCUGCCCCUCACUGAAGCUCCAGAGGUAGCAAUGUGUCUCACUUAAUCUUUGAUAAGCCUCCAGGGCACCCACCCCGAGUAGGUAGGUGCUCAGUAAAGCUUUACUGAAUUGAAUGAACAGGCCUAUCACUGCUUUGGGUGGCUGCACCAAAUUGGAAUUUCCAAACCUGACUCGUCUCAGUACCACAGCUAGAAGGGGGCAUCCCCCACUUUAGUUCUGAUCUCAGCCCUGGAGUCAGGAGCAACUGGGGAACACAGCUUUUGUAAUGAUCUCUGUUCUGGUGUUUAGCAAGUUUCAUUAUAACUGUUUCUCCUUGGAUGAUGAGCUACCCCAAGGUAGGGGUCAGACCAGAUUGGGUCUCAUUAAAAUGUCUGUUGAAUGGAUUAUGUCCCUUGUGGAAUUACUGUUUAUAAAAUGUAAGUCUAGUUCCUUAACCAAGUAGAAAUUUUUACAGUUCUGAUGGAGACCUGCCCUACCCUGGCAAAGACCUAUUAGAUGACUGCCUAGCCCCCUGUUUUAGAACUGGCUCUUUUCCUUACUUUUAUCACUAGGCCGGCCUAACUAUUUCUUCACCUAGGAAUUUAUAAUUUUCUUUGGACCUGACUGUAAGUCAUUAAUACUUGGGAGCCAUUGGUGGCCAAGUUCCAGUAUGUGGGCCAGAGGGCAGAGAUGAGAGACAACUUCCUAGGUUUCCUAAAGUCCUUCAGUCCCAGGGCCCAUUUGAUGACCAGCUGUAUCCUUCCAGUAAUUUCUCCUUCUGCUUCAGGUAGUUUGAGUUUUUUUACUUGCAACCAAAAAAACUAAUACACAGCCCCAAUAUGGGUUAAUCUCCCAUCUGCCUCUAUGCCUAUAUAUGAGCUAUGAAGAAAAACUGGUCUCUUGUGAUCUCCAACCUCAGUUAAGCCUUCAGUGUCACUUAAGUCUUCCAUCUAUCUUGAGCCAGUGAGUACCUUCUUCACGAAGAAAACAAGGUAUUAAAUAGAAACUCCUUCAACAGUCCACUCCCCACUCUGACUCCAAAUUUACCAGUGAGACCACGCUUACUUGCUUCCAUCCCACCUCAAGGAAGUCCCUCAUGCCCUGGCCAGUGUGGCUCCGUUGAGUGUAGUCCUAUGUACCAAGAGGUCACUGGUUUGAUUCCCAGUCAGGGCACAUGCCAGGGUUGUGGGCUCAAUCCCCAGUAGGGGGCAUGCAGGAGGCAGCCAACUGAUUCUUUCAAAUCGUUUCUCCCUCUACCUCUCCCUCUCUAAAAUCAAUAAAAACAUUUUUUUUUAAAAGCCUCUCACAUGCAAUGCUCAUCAAUAUAGCUGUGCCUGGAUUUCAUCAACUGCCCCCUCAGGGACUUUGCUCCAUCUAUUAAUUCUCUCUCUCUUCUUAGUUUUAUUGUUUUAGAGUCCCUCUCUUUUCUGGAACACACACACCCAAGCCUACAAACAUGCUAAACUCUCUUUAAAAAACAAUAAAGAACUUUCCCUCUGGCCUCUGUCCCCAUCUAUUUCCAGCUAAAUUUUUUUAAAAA